AUGCAGCUAAAUUAUAGGACUAAGUUGGCCGACCGGCUAACGAAAGCCGACAUAGCCAACGAAAGAUCUGGUGAUUGGGAACCAAGUCAGCACAAUCCACAAUACUUGGACUAUAGGGAACAGUACGGAGGUGCAAAUGGGCAGCCGACGGGAUGCCGUUCUGACGAACCAUCUUAG